AUGCUGGCAGAAAAAUGGAAAAUGCUUCAACCACAUGAACGUUACUGGCCUGGUCCAAACAUUGGGUUCACAUUCAAAGACAAGGAACUACAUACCACUGGAACCUCUGGCGUCGCUUUCCAUCAUGCUGGCCUAGACGUCAAUGACAGGACUUUGAUAGAACGAUUAUUUCUAGAGGGCUGCCUUCAAGUGAUCUGUUGCACGUCAACCUUGGCCGUCGGAGUGAAUCUCCCGGCACAUCUAGUGAUUAUCAAAAAUACAGUGACUUGGGCAGACGGGCAAACAAAGGAUUACGCUGAGUUAGAAGUUAUGCAGAUGGUUGGAAGGGCAGGCAGGCCACAAUUCGACGACAGUGCAGUUGCGGUGAUCAUGACAAAGAGAGAGAACAAGAUGAAGUAUGAGAAAAUGGUUUCGGGAACAGAACCACUCGAAAGCUGUUUAAACGGAAAUUUGGUGGAACAUAUGAAUGCUGAAGUAGGCCUUGGAACAAUAACCAACGUCGAGUCCGCAAAAACGUGGCUCCGAUCAACCUUUCUUUACGUCCGGCUCAAGCGUAAUCCUACGCAUUAUAAAUUUGAUCAACACGGAGGGUCCGAAGACGCGGAUCGUGACUUAGAGGAGAUAUGUGAGAAGAAUAUAGAUCUUUUACAUCAAGCUGGACUCUUAUUAAAGCAUGAAGCAAGAUUAAAAUGUUCAGAGCUUGGUGAUGCAAUGGCUCGAUACUACAUCAAGUUUGUUACAAUGCAAACAAUCUUAGAGUUGGAAAAGAAAGCAGGCCUACCCGAGGUGCUAUUGAUACUUUCACAAGCUCAAGAGUUCAGAGAUAUCCGUUUUCGCAGCGGGGAGAAAGGGUUAUUUAAAGAGUUAAAUAAAUUAGUAAAGUACCCUUUGAACGGAGAACUAACCAAUGCGUCUCACAAAGCAUACAUUUUGAUUCAGUUCGAGAUCGGAAUGAUGGAGUUCCCGGUCGAAGCAAACUUUCAAAAGUUCAAAGCCACUCUGAUGCAGGAUAAAAGCCUAAUUUUUCAACACUGUCACAGAGUAAUGCGCUGCAUUAUUGACGGUAAACUACAUUUUAAGGAUUCAGUAUCUGUUAGAUCCGCUUUGGAGGUGGCUAGGUCUCUAAAAGCAAGAGUCUGGGAGAAUUCUCCACUCCAGCUUCGUCAAAUUGAAGGAUUUGGGCCAGCAUCUGUAAAGAAACUUGUGAAUGCUGGCAUACGCAGCUUGGGAAUGCUUGAGACGCUCGAAGCUCAUAAGAUCGAGACUAUUUUAUCUCGGAACCCACCUUUUGGUUCUAAGAUUAUAAGGGCUGUACGGGAUAUCCCAAAGUUACAAGUUAUCUCUCGUCAAGUCUCUAAGGCUGGGAAUGGCAAAGAUUCUGUCAAGCUAAAGGUGCGAGUUGAGAUUGGAUAUCUGAACGAUAAGGUCCCUGGAAAGUACCGUGGGAUGGUUUUAUUCGCGAAUUUCCUUGCAGAAAGAUCUGAUGGUUUAUUAAUCGAUUUCAGAAGAAUACCAAUUGGUAAGCUGGAGGGCGGAAAAGAUAUUCAGUUUAUGGUUGAGCUCGAGCACAAAGAGCAAACGGUUAUAUGUUACUUGGUGUGCGAAGAUAUAGUUGGCACCUUGAAAUUCCAUGAGCUCAAACCAGAUGUUGAAAGCGCUUUGUACCCUGGUGGGGGAUGUCCAGCGUUACCAUCACCACCACCAAAUAUAAGGAGAACAGACAUGAGCAGAUUCAUUACCGCUCGAGAAUUAUGUAAAACCUCAAGUGUAGGCUGCUUAGGAGCGAAUACACGCGCUUCAACGGAUAUAGGCCAGGCUACGAGGACUACCGGGAGCUUAGCAGUUUCUGAAGAGAAGGAUUUGUGUUUCUUGAAUAUAGAUGAUUUUGAUAUGUCUGAUUUCGACGACAGUGCCUCACAAGAAGCUAAGAAGAACACAGAUACAAAUAACUUUCGAACCAAAGCCGAGAUUGACCUUGAUGGUUUAGAAAGUAGUGGGUUAGAAACAAAUGAGCAGCUUCCAAAUGGGAAUUACGUUUGCAGGCAUAGGUGUGGGGAUAAAAAGAAAUGCAAACAUUUUUGUUGCCGCGAUGGGCUGGAGAAGCCGCCGAAGCCGUUAAAGCGAAAGAAAAGCAUACCGGAUGCAAAACCCCUGCAAGUGCCAGCCCCAAGGAAAAUCGAUCAACAGGAAAUUCUUUCCUCAAAACCUAAACAAAAACCUCGAAUGUCGGCCAUUGUUACCCACAUGAAAAAUGUGGACAUUGAAGUACUGGACCUUGUCGGUGACGAAAGCAGCACUUAUGAGCGAAGGGGUGCAACUAGCGACUUAGAGAAACUCAAAAAGCUUCAUUCCACCACUAAACCUACUUUCUCUGGUAUCGAGCAACCUAGCUUGACGAACUAUAAAAGGGUGCUUUCUCCUGCCAAAGAAUCUGGACCAAUGCCGAGUAGGAGUUUUUACCCUCCCCAAGAACCUUCGGCCGCUGAUGUUAAUGGAUCGGAAGGAGGAGAACAAGGUGGUGAUAUGCCACUGAUCGAGCUAACAAUGGGGGCCGGCGGGGCAUGCACUAUAUAA